GUCGCCAUCAGCGUUGUGUUGUUUAUGUGUGUCUGGAGAAGUGACUGAGAGUGUGUGCGUAGCAGGAACUGAGAGGAAGUGGUCGGUGCUAAAGUGAAAUGAGCCCGACGCGCGUCGACGCGUCACCUUCCAGCUUCAGCCACCUCAUUCUGUCCUCCUACCACUACUUUCGCUAGCUCUCUCAUUCUUUUUCCUCAUCUUUGCAGCUCAACAUGCAGACCGUGGACAUGCAACAACUCAAGUCCGGCGAGGUCAACCUCGGUACCUCGAUCAUGGCCGUUCAAUUCAGGGACGGUGUUGUAGUGGGUGCUGAUUCACGGACCACUACUGGCAGCUAUAUCGCGAAUCGAGUAACGGACAAACUCACUCAUAUCCAUGACCGUAUCUACUGUUGCCGAUCUGGUUCAGCUGCAGACACUCAAGCCAUCGCCGAUAUUGUUCACUACCACUUGCAAAUGCUCACACAACAAAGCGGCGAAAGACCAACAGUGCACAUUGCAGGGAACGUAUUCCAGAAACUUUGUUAUGAAAAUAAGGAUGCGCUAUCUGCUGGUAUCAUCGUUGCUGGGUGGGACAAGGACGCUGGCCCAAGCGUAUACAACAUUCCUCUUGGUGGAGGUUUAUUCCGCCAACCGUGGGCCAUUGGAGGCUCUGGUUCCACAUAUGUGUAUGGUUAUUGCGAUGCUACAUACCAAGAAGGCUGGGGAAGGGACGAAACCGUCAAUUUCGUCAAGAACACUCUUUCACUGGCUAUGUCAAGAGAUGGUUCGUCAGGAGGUGUCAUCCGUAUGUGUGUAAUCACCGAAGACAAGGUUGAGCGACUCUUUGUUCCUGGAAACGAAUUGCCCAAGUUCUGGGAGGGCGAAGAGGUGCUUAAGCUUAUCGCUCCGGUGAAGAAGCGUCAUGAAUUUACAGAUGAUAUGGCCGUCGAAGUGUAGUAGAUCCCAUUGUACUUUUAUAUCCACAUUCCAGAUCGUGUCUUGCCUUCACAUUCU